UCAGCAGGAGGGGCCGGAUGCAGGCGUCACAUCCACCGCGCCCCAGGUCGGAGACCUCGGCCGUCCGUCCUGGCAGCCCCAGAGCCGCAGGCCCGGCACCGCCCGCAGCCAGGUGCGGCCCAGACCCGCGCGCCCGGGGAAGCCGAGAAGGUUGGUGGGGACAGGCUGCCUUGGGCCCAGAGGCUCAGGCAGGACGAGCCGCGCACCGCGGAGGGCUGCUGCGCGGGUCCCAGGCCGCCUUGCUCCGCCCCUCGCCCCGCCCGCGGCCCCGCGGUCUCCGGGACCCCGAGCGUGGCUACCCGGCCCAACCCUCCGAGGGACGAGGGUCCAGCUGCCGCAGACUCGGAGGCCCUGGCCCGGCAUCCGCGCGGCAGGUCCUGGCACUCCUUGCUGGAGUCUGUCACCCACAGAGGCUGAGUCAGUCCACCCUGGGAUGAACACACCUCAUGGCUGCAGUUCCACAAUGGCCCUAGAUUAUGGACUAACGGUGGAUCAAUAAUCCAAAAAACUGCUGGCUGCACUUGACCCACCACUUGGCUGGGAAAGGUGGAAAAGACGAAAGAGAUACGGACUCUGAAGACUCCAAUGCCAUACAUGGUUACUAUUAUUAAAUGAAAAGAUGGCAUGUGAAGAAGGAUGAAACACAGCAAAAUAUCCUGGAUACUAAUUUAGGACCAACUCUUAAGGGACACGAAAUGCCAUGUCACCUUAUAAAGAAUCUCUUUUUGAUGUAAAUACUGGUGCUUUGUAUUUAGGGGUUGUUUUCCUUAAAGGCUCAUAAUAGAGAUGGCAAAUAUUUGAGCCAGACAAUAGUGAGUCUUCAAAAUAUACUGAUCUGAAAUUAUGGUGUAUCUAAGAAACAUUUGUUAUCUCCCCUAAACUGGACUCUUAAUUCAUUUGAAGCACUUGAUUAUUAAUGCCAUUUAGAAGCUAGUAAAAAAAUUUAAACCUUGAGUUAUUCACAUGCAUUUUAUACAAUUUACAUUCUAUUGCUAAAUUUUUUAAUGAGCCAGAUGUCAAAAGGUGGAGCCGUUGUUAUUAGACAAAAAUGACAAUUAUAAGAUCUAAAAGUGAUUUGAAAAUGGUAUUUGUAAAAGUUUACCACUAAUAAUGGCUUUCCUAUGUGAAAAAAAAAAAAAACCUCUUAAAAUAUGACAAUUGGCAGUGAAUCAGGACAAAAUACCCAGGUAAACAUAACUGGACACAAAUGGUUCCAAAGCUCGUUUUAAAUGCUAGUUUCUAUUAUACUGGCUUAAUGAAAAUUUGUAUUAUACAAAAGCAGAAAUUUUUAUACUGUUUUAAAGUAGGCACUAAAAUAAAAAUGGUCAUCCA